AUGACUGAUGCUGAGCUGAAGCCUGGUUCUGAUACUGGUGUCAAACUCGUACUCAGGCGUCUACUCAGUCCCUCACGUCGGAUGGCGUUACUCUGUCUGCCGGACUCCUUCAUUCAGAAGCAGCAAUUGGACGCAUCAAUGGCCGACACGUUUCUGGAGCAUCUGUGUCUGCUGGACAUCGAUCAGGAGCCGAUCACUGCGCGUAACACCAGCAUCAUCUGCCCCAUCGGUCAGGCCCCCGCCUCCCGCUCCAUCACCAAACUGCAGGAGAUGGUGAAGGCUGGUAUGGACAUCGCCAGACUGAACUUCUCUCACGGCUCUCAUGAGUAUCAUGGAGAGACGAUCCGUAACAUCCGUAAGGCGGUGGAGACAUUGACCUCUGACCCGCUGUACUACAGGCCUGUGGCCAUCGCUCUGGACACCAAAGGACCAGAGAUCCGCACUGGCCUGGUUAAAGGGUCUGCAGACGCUGAGGUGAUGCUGGAGCGAGGAGCGUCGGUUCGGGUGGUGACCGCAGAGGUGGAUCGUGAUAAGACGGACGGGUCUGUGAUCUGGAUAGAUUAUCCCAGCCUGCCCCGUGUGCUCAAGAAAGGAAGCAGGGUAUUCAUUGAUGAUGGGCUCCUCGCUCUCAAAGUCAUGGAGAUCGGUGAGACUUGGGUGGAGACUCGUGUCGAGAACGGUGGCACUCUGGGUAGUCGUAAAGGUGUGAAUCUGCCGGGGGCAGAGCUGGUGAACCUGCCGGCGGUGAGCGACCGUGACCGAGCCGACCUGCUGUUCGGUGUGGAGCAGGACGUGGACAUCAUCUUCGCCUCCUUCAUCCGCUCGGCCGAGGACGUGAGGGCCGUGAGGGAGGCGCUGGGAGUCAAAGGACAGAACAUCAAAAUCAUCAGCAAAGUGGAGAGCAGACAGGGUGUUCAGAAUUUCGAGGAGAUCCUGAAGGAGAGCGAUGGCAUCAUGGUGGCCCGCGGUGACCUGGGCAUCGAGAUCCCGGCAGAGAAAGUUUUCAUUGCGCAGAAGAUGAUGAUCGGACGCUGUAAUUCUGCAGGAAAACCUGUGAUCUGUGCCACACAGAUGCUGGAGAGUAUGGUCCAUCACACGCGUCCCACCCGUGCAGAGAGCAGCGAUGUGGCCAAUGCGGUGCUGGACGGAGCCGACUGCGUCAUGCUGUCUGCAGAAACGGCCAAAGGACACUUCCCUGUAGAAGCUGUUGCCAUGAUGCACUCGAUCUGUCGUGAGGCUGAAGCGGCCAUCUUUCAUCAGCAGCUGUUUGAAGAGCUGCGCCGUUUGACCCCACUGAGUUCCGACCCCACAGAGGUCACAGCCAUCGGAGCCGUCGAGUCGUCCUUCAAAUGCUGCGCUGGAGCCAUCAUCAUCCUCACCACAUCAUCGGCAGGUACACGCACACACACACACACACUCACAACACACUCACACACACUCACACACACACACACUCACGUGUGUGUGUGUGUGUGUGUGUGUGUUUGUGUGUGUGUGUGUUUGUACAGUAUUUGUGUGUGUAACGUGUGUCUGUGUGCAGGUAAAGCGCGGGGUUUCUUCACAGUGGGUGAUAUGGUGAUCAUCGUCACCGGCUGGAGUCCCGGAUCUGGACACACAAACAUCAUGAGGGCGGUCACUGUGCCCUGAACCACAGCCUCUGAUUCGCUGGAGUCACUGAUUGACAGUUCUGUGCUAAUUAACUCUCAUUAUGUGUGUCAGUGUUGAUUUCUGCUUCACUUACAGCCUUUAUAUGUAAAUCAAUUUCUAUAGCAAUAAAUGAAUGAAAUAA